AUGAGAGGGCAAGAUCUGAACUCAUCAGGGAAUAUUUCUGAGGAAGAAACCUAUAAGAAGGUGCCGAAUGAUUAAUCAGAUGUAAGAAUGGAUAGACCUUAAUCUUUUAGAAAUUUUUCUCAAAUCCUCAAAAAAGUCACAUCUAGCCAAAUUAAUCCAAAUACUAAAUCAGGAAUGAUCUCAAGUUACAUCAGGAGUUCACCUUAAAGUGCAAAUACAGCGAAUAACCCGAACUAAAAAGGCUUUUUGCACUCAGCCUCAGUUUCAAGUUUGUCAAACAUCUAGAACUUUUCCAUAAACCCCACUUAAGUUAGGCAAUCACCAAUCAAGCAGUACUCUAUUUACAAUAAGUACCUCAACCAACAAUAACCAAUCGAAGAAAUAAAUAGCUAUAGAAAUGCAAAUAAUAAUAGCUAAUACAACGUGAAUAAUCAUCAAUAAAUGGCUUAGAAACCAGUGCAAUCACAUGUUUUUAACAAUAGCCGAAAUGGUGGGGCUGAUAAAUAAGAUGAACCUGAUGUGGGUACUAGAAAUUCAAAUAAUUUAUUCAGCAAGCAUAAGAAAGCCCCCAGUUUUUAACAAGCAUAUUAACAAUUUGCUCAGAGAUUGCUGAAGGAAAGUGCUGAGGGCCGCUCAAACUUCUAGACAAAUGUUCUACUGCCAAGCAAGUCAAUUUAAAAAUUCUAAUAGGUUCCAAGAACAUAUCAAAAUUCUCCUAGUAGGAACACAGACGACAUUAAGUCAAAUUCCGCCUAUAUUCAUGAAAGAUUGUAUAAAGAACACCAACAAAAAAAGCAAGUAAAGGAAAAGAUCUACAAUCCAAAUUUAAAGGAGGAUUAGGAAUUUUCACAAUGCACCUUUCAGCCAUUGCUUUCAAAAGACAGUGGUCACAAUGCCACUAGCUAUAGAAAGCCAGAUGAAUUCAUUAAAGAUUAGUUAAAAUAUGACGUAGAAAGAAAAGAGAGAUUGGAGAGAAAGAAAUAAGAAAUUCUGUAGAAAGAGGAGGAAAUUAAAAGACAAGUUGAGGUUAGAUUGUAAAAGAGCAGGUCACCUUAGUUUAGGGUACCACUCAUUGAGCAAUAUGAACGACAGAAAGAAUUUUCAAAGCAAAACAUCAGUUAAAUGAAAUCUCCAAGAGAUGAAUUCAGAUAAAAGCACAACAACAGCGUUGAAUAUUCAUUCAAGCCGAGUAUUAAUAAAAAAAGUGAGAGAAUUAUUAAAAGAUCGGAGGACUGGACUGGAGCAAUGGAUCACUUAUUCAAAGAUGCAAGUAAUAGAGUCUAAAAGGUAACAUAGAACUAGCAAGAUAAACAGAAGAAGAUGGGAGGGUAAACUAAACCAAUUGAAAAGUCCAAUCAAAUGAUGCUUGCAGCAUUUUAAAAGUAAUUCAAUGAAGUUUGCAGGAAAGUGAUGAAAGGAGACCAAAGUGAUUGCUUAUUAUAUGAGGAUUAUCUUCAAGUCUUAGGGGCUCUGGGCUAUACAUUCUAACUUAAAGAAAAUCAAAAAUGGUAACUUCUAAAUUUAUGGGAACUACUAAGCGAUAAUAAUCUGAAACUAAAGCAUCAAUCUUUGUUCAACGCUCUUUGCUACAUAAAUAUGAUUCAACUUAAUGUAAACCAAGCCCCAGUAGAGUCAGAUGAUAUUCAAUAUCUUAACGAUAUUGGUUUUGAAAAACGUAAUGGGAUCUUCUUCAUAGACUCAGAAAAUAAAAAGGCUCUUACUCAAAUGUUUAAUCAUUUCUACUAACUCAAUCAUAACAGGCAGGCAUUUAUUAAUUUAGAUAAAAGAGAAAAGUCUUUGAAGAGGACUCAGGAGGUUCAUUCAUCACUUGGGAGUAAAUUAUUUAAGCCUGCCCUUGAUAAGAAAUCAAUGUCAAUAAUAAGUAAUAAGAUAGGCAAUAAAUCGAAUCAAGAGUACCUAAAAGAACUGUCAUUAACAAGAUAGACUCUUAAGACAAAAGUAGAAAAGAUGAAGUAAGAUUCAAUAGACGAGGAAGUUAGCAAAUGUACUUUUAAACCUAAAAUCAACGAAAAAAUUAGUAAAAUUUUCAUGAGUAAAUUUCUUUUAGUCAAGGGUGAAAGGGAAUACUCGCCUUAACCUUAAUUUGUUGGUUAUGAGUAGUUAGCUUAGCCAAGGAUACGACAGAAGGAUAGAGCAAUAGUAGAGAUAGAGUUUGAGCAAUCAAAGGAAGACUGCACAUUUGCUCCUAAAUUGGUUUCGAAAUAAAAGAUGAAUCAUCAAAGAUCAGUAUCUAGUCUCUUACCAAACAAUGUUCCAAAUAGAAAAUAGAUGAACUAGCAUUAAAUUUAACCAAAGCAAGUUAAUCAGCAAAGAGGCGGAGUGCAUUAAUAUCCUAGGAAAGCAGUUGCUACAUAGGAAUUGAAUUUAAUGGAUGAUUCAGAUUAAGAGGAACAGAAAUCAUACAUACUAGUACCUUUAAUUUGUCUAGAUGUCAAAAUAGCCCCAGAAAAGACAGAAUAGCUUCUGAUUUUUGAAGGUGAUGAUUUUAAUCUAAUAACUGACAAGUUUUCAUAAAAGCAUGGCCUAAAUCAGAGUAAAAAAUAAAAGCUGCUUACAAUAAUAGAGAAGUAGGCCUAACAGCUUAUUUAGAAUAGAAGCUUACAAUAUUGA